AUGUACAAUGGAAUAGGACUUCCCACUCCCCGGGGCAGUGGUACCAACGGUUACGUGCAACAGAACCUCUCGGCAGCACGUCACAAGAAGGAUCGGGCUGACUACAAGUCGGAAGAGGAGCUGAGGAAACUGGAGUCAUCUUUGGUUAAAAAACGAAACCAGGACAUCCUGGAUCACGAGCGCAAAAGGAAGGUUGAGUUGAAAUGCUUAGAACUGGCUGAGCUCAUGGAAGAACAAGGGUAUGAAGAAGGGGAGAUUCAGGAGAAAGUGGCCACUUUUCGGAUGAUGCUUCUAGAAAAAGAUGUGGCAGUUGUCAAAGAGGGGGAACAGCAGCAGAAGUCUAGUAUUACAGAGACCCAUCAGCUGGCUGAGGCCAAUGAAAAGAAGAAUGAGAGGCUGCGAGCUGCUUUUGGGAUCAGUGAUAGUUAUGUGGAUGGCAGCUCUUUUGACCCCAACCGCAGGGCCAAGGAGGCAGCAACAGCUGCAGUGGCUAAACAACAGCAGGAGCAGCACAGUCUUAUUAAAGAUUUCAGCAGUUCUCGGUCACCAUCUCUAAAACGGAAGAAGAAGAAGAAGAAAGACAGAGGCAGGUCUGAGAGCAGAUCACCUUCUCGAAGAGAAAGGAAAAAAAGCUCAAAGAAAAAGAAACACAGAUCAGAAUCAAAGAAAAGGAAGCACAGAUCUCCAAGUCCCAAAAGCAAACACAAAUCCAAGGAAGAGAAACGGAAGAGGUCCACCAGUGAGUCUGCAUCUCAGAAAGACCAUCAGGAUUGCUCUUCCUCCCCAGAUGGUUCUUCCACAUCAGAUGCAUCCCACAGCAGAUCAGGCAGCCCCAUUGUUCAAAAAAGGAGCUUCCUUAGACAGCAGAGCAAGUGUCCUUUGUCAAGUUCACAAAAACCAGACACUGAAGCGGUUUCUAAGAAUUUGGGAGAGAGAGAGCAUUCAUCUUCUGCUGAGCCUGCCUGGCGAGGCAGGAGCACAAGUCCUCGAGAAAGCAGAGAAAAGCAGGAGAAAAUAUCCAAGCAUUCUCCAGUACGUAAGUCCGUUCAGCGUUCUCCAAGUCCUUCAUCUCCUGCCAAAGAGAAAGAAAGAGACAAGGACAGAAAGUCUGCUUGGCAUUGGGGUCAAAAAUCUACCCCCUCACUUGAGCAUGAUCCAAAGUCUAUGCAUCAUUCUCCUGUGCUGAAUGAUCUUUCUCGAGAAAAGUGUUCCCCUUCUAAAGAGAAUAGGUCUCCUUCCUGUUCCUCUCCAUCUGCUAAGAAGCAGUCAGAGGAUCGUAAUGGGACUCUUCCACCAUCCAAGGCUAAGAUUUCUCUUGACCACAAGGAGGAGCUUACAGCUUCCUCAUCUGCUUCUAAGACUGUUGAGAACAAGUUGAAGAAGAUAUCUCAUGAGGACUCUACACCUCAGCGCUCACCUUUUCCUUCAGAGUGUGGUAGUUGCUUCUCUUCUUUCUCCUCUUCUCCUUCCCCACCAACUAAGGCUGCUCCGGUUUCUUGCAACUGUUAUCCAGAGGACCCUCCCAAAAGGCAAGACAAAGAGAAAGUCUCUACAGAGAGAGAGAAACCUAGCUCAUCCCCUGAAAUCUCUUGUUCUGGGCAAAAACAGCCUUCUAAGACAUCUCGAUGUGUACCAUCCAGCACCCCUCCAUCUAAAGGCUCCAAAUCAAGAGCCGGUUGGAGGGACAAAUCUCUCUCUCAAACACCCACUACUCGUAGAGGUAGAUCUCGGUCCCGGACCUCACCUAAGAGAGGUAGAUCACGCACAUGUACCCCACCAAGGAGGGGCAGGUCUUGUUCUCAGAGACAUGCUCGAUCCCGUUCAUGUACUCCUUUGCGAAGGGCAUGUUCUCGAACUCCCCACUGGCGAGCCCGUUCAAGAACACCUCAACGAUGGGAUAGAUCACGUUCACGUACACCUCCCAGAUGGGGUCGAUCUCGUACACCCCGGAGGCAUGGUUGGUCUCGUUCUAGAACUCCCCAAAGGCAUGGUUGGUCUAGAAGCAGAAAUAGUGGAAGAUGGGGCAGGUCACGAACACCACCGAGAGGGAGGUCACGUUCAAGAACACCAAGAAGAGGCAGGUCUAGAUCAAGAAGUCCACCCAGGCAAGCAAGAUCCCGCUCCAGAACACAACCAAGAAGAGGUGGGUCUAGAACUAGGACGUCUCUCAGGAGAGGAAGAUCAAGUUCAUCUCCAAGAAGAGAGAAAUCCUUGAUUUCAGCCAGACAAACCAGAUCUGUGUCGUCUUCAGAUCGGAAAGUUUCCAGAUUUUUUUCUAGGAAAAGUCGAUCUGAUUCAUCUACAAGAAUGAGGGAAAGAUCUAGUAAAGUGCUAAGACAUAGUCUCUCUGGUUCCUCUCCUGAAUCAAGGUUAAAAGCAUCUCCCAGAUGUAGUCUGUCUGGAUCACUUCCAAAAGCUAAAAAGAAAACUCUGUUGUCUCCAAGAAGGAGUCAUUCAGGUUCUCCAAGGUCAAGGAAUAAAAGAUCAACAACACCUCCAAGGCGCAGUCGUUCUAGUUCUUCUCCAAGAGUAAAAAAGAAAUGUAGAUUAAGGAUCAGACAAAGUAGAUCUGGUUCUUCUCCAACACCAAAAAAGAAAUCAAGAUCACCUGGGUGUAGCCAAUCCAGGUCAUCUCCAGCCCUCAAAAACAAAACCAGAAUGUCCCCUCAGAGCAGUUCUGGUUCAUCUCCAAGGCUUACAAGGAAGUCUGAUGUUUCUUUAGCAGCUGAAGAAACUAAAAAAGCUAAAAACACUUCAAAAAGAAGUCAGUCUGGUUCCUCUCAAGCACUGCGAAAGAAAUCAAAGUCUCCUUCAAGACAUAGUAUAUCUUGGUCCUCUCCAGAACCAGAGAUGAGAUUACCAAGAAGGCAAAACAGAUCUGAGUCUUCUCCAGAAGUGAAAACAAAGCUGAGGGUAGGAUCACCCCCAGUGCUAAAAAGGAAAAUGGGAUCAUCUCCAAGGCGAAGUCAGUCUAGUUCCAGUCAAUCAUCAGCAAAAGAAAACUUCUUAUCACCAAUAAGGCAAGCAGCUUGUACAGAAUCAACAUUUGUAUCUCCACUGCAGCAAAGCAGAUCUGGAAGGUCUGUAGAAACAAAAGAAAAAUCUAGAUCACCGCACCAAAGGCAGAGCAGGUCUAGAUCACCUCUGGCUUUGAGAGAGACAUCUCUUUCUCCUCUAAGACCAGUUGCUUUUGGAACUUCAUUAGAAAUUAAGAAAUCUUCACUGGAAAAAUGCAAAAAUGAUUUCUCAGAGUUAAAGAAGACUAGGUCAUCUCCAAGGCAAAGCACAUCUGGCUCUUCUCCAGUGAGCAAAGAACAGUCAAGAUCACCUUCCAGGACCAAGUCAAGAUACUCUCCUGAGAUGACAAAAUCUUUACCUUUGAAGCAAGUCAGAUGCGGACUGUCCCCUCAGGCAGCGAAAGAGAAAUCUCCCUCCAAAAGAAGUGAAUCUAGAUCAUCUGAACUGAAUGACAAAUCUAAAACUCCUCCAAAGCAAAAUAAAUUCCAAGAAGUGAAAACAAAAUCUGAAUCUUCUCCAGGGCACAACAAAUCUAGUUCCAUGGCAGUAAUGGAAAGUGUUUCACUUCCAUGCCAAAAGAAUAAACCAGGUUCAUCUCUCUCUACAAAAGAAAAAUUGCAGUCUUCCUCAAGACAAAUGCCAUCUGAGUCAUCACCAGUACUUAAAAAGACAGAUAUUCCAUCAAAGCGGAGUAGAUCUGGAUCUUCCUCUUCUUCUUUUUCCUCCUCCUCCUCUUCCUCUUUUUCCUCCUUCUCCUCUUCCUCCUCUUCUACUUCAUCAACAUCUCCAGAAGAUGAUAAAUCUCAGUCACCUCCCAGACUUAGUUGUUCUGCGGGGCUGUCAAUCAACAAGAAUAAAUCAAUUUCAUCUCCAAUGCAUGGCAAAGCAUAUUCUUCUCCAGAACCAGAGAACAGCACUUUUGUAACAAUUACAAAGCACAAUAGACCUGGAUCUGCUCUGGAAAUAAGAGGAUCUUCUAAAGCUACAGUGAUGUGGCCCAGAUCACCUUUAGAGAAGAAAGGGGCAUUUAAAGAGGCAUCUCAAAGAAGUAGAUCAGGUUCUUAUUCUGGGACUAAAGAGAAGCCAAAAAUGCACUCUAGUGAGAGUAAUUCAGAUUCUUCCCCAGAAUGGAAAGAGAAAUCUGAGAGCAGAUCUGUGUCGCAGCUCAGACCAAGAAUAAAAUCAAAAACACCUCCAAGACGCAGAACAUUAAGGUCACCACCUAGUUCUAGACCAAAACCCAGAACGCCAAAGCAUGGCAGGUCUGGGUCUCCACCAAGACCUAACUUGAAGUCCAGAACGCCUCCAAGACGCCAUAGGUCUGGCUCAUCUCCUAGACCCAGAAUAAAGUCUAGAAAACCACACAGACAACAUAGAUCUGGGUCAUCCCCAAGGUCCCAAAUAAAAUCCAAAACACCACCCCGAUACCACUGCAGAGCCGGAUCAUCUCCAAGAUCUAGAAGAAAAUCUAGAACCCCUCCACGAUGUAGGUCUGGAUCACAGGCAAGAGAAAAGUCUAGAACACCAGUUACAAGAAGACAGAGAUCUGUAUCAGGGAGUCCUAGAUGCAAAUCUCGAACACUUCCAAGAUGUGGACGGUCUAGAUCACUCUCCAGAGAAAAAUCAAGCACCAGCACACAUCCACAUCAGUCUGAGUCAUCAUCCAAUGGUGACAGGCCCAGAACUUCUUUGCAACAAGAAAGAUCUGGCUCUCCCUCAUGGAGGGGUCACUCCAGUUCACUCUCCAGGCGACAAGAUAAAUCUUGGGGUUCGUUGCGGAGGGAACAAUCAGUUUCCUCUCCAGCUAGAAGCUGCUCAAGAUCCUUUUCUCAGGAGAAAUCUAAACUACCACACAGAGGUCAUUCCCAAUCGUCAGUACAGAUGUUGCAAUUGUCCCCAAAGAGGACUGCAACAAGUUGGAAUGCAUCCUGUUCACCUCCCAGAUUAGAUACAUCAUGUGUAACAGCAUCAUAUAAAGGCACUGGGUCCAGAGUAUCCCCUGAUUGUCAGUCAUCUCCUGUGAGGAAGCAUUCCAGAUCAGGCACCCAGGAAGCCUACACAUCUCCAAGAAGAAAGUCUCACUCUCCUCUUGUUCUAGAGAGAUAUCCCAAGUCUGACCUCCAAGAGAAGCCAGCAAGCUCCUCUCUUUGGCACAGCAAAAACAACAUUGCCAUUCCUUGUGCUUUAACUCCACCUUGUGAGGAAUCUCAUAAAUUGCUAAAGGAUCCAUCUAUACUACGUGACUUGCCUUCAGUAUCAAACAAUGGUGACUCCAUAGCCAUCCGAAACAGUUCAGGAGAUAGGAAUCAGAGCAUGCAGCAAGCUAUAAUUAAAGAUGAUGUAGAAGUUGGUGCACCUUUGUCAGGGAGAAGCAGUUGUCAUGCAGGCUCCCUCUCUCCUGUAAAAGCUAAAUUAUUGUCCCACUCCUCCUCUUCCUCCUGUGCUUCUUCAAGCCCCUUACCAGCAUUGAUUUCUGCUCUAGUGCCAUCCCCCAAAGAAGAGGAGAUUGUGUCUGAAGGAAAAGUAGCAGACAGGUCUGAGGUGCACUUGCCUACCCUUGAGGCUGAGUCACAGUUGGCUUCUGUCACCAUGGAGGAUGACACCAGGAGCAGCUGUCCCACAGUCCUACAACCUGCUCUUCCCUCUCUUCCACCCUCUGCCCCUUCAAAGGCAAAGAGAAGUUCACCUGCUUCAUCUACCAGUUCAUCAUCAUCCUCUUCUUCCUCCUCAUCCUUAUCUUCAACUUCUGAUUCUGAGUCCAGCUCAUCUGAAUCCAGUCCCCAUGAUCAGGCAACAAAGGAUCUUGAGGCUGAGAUUGAACUGAAACAGCCACCAAGCCCAGUGCUGAAAGAGACUAAUCAUGAUGAGCAACCUCUGGAAAUGGGCAAAUGUAAGUGUCGUUCUCAAAGCUCAAGCAGUUCAAGCAGCAGCUCUUCCUCUUCAUCCUCCUCCUCCUCCUCUUUAUCUUUGUCCUCUUCAAUGCCACUGCCUAAAACAGGACUUCAGGCAGUGAUGAAGGGUCCCCUAAAGAAGAAACCAUCUCCAGGAAAGAGAAAGUCACACAGCCCUAGAAAACCAAUUGACUCAUUGAGAGAUUCCCACUCUCUGAGGUACUCCCCAGCAAAACAGCGUCAGAUUUCCCCUCCUCCCCAACCACCCUCUACUCCAAGGGAUCGAUGUAGAGACAGGUCUAGGGAUAGGUCCCUGCGGAGAAACAAACGAAGCAUCAGCAGGUCUCCAGGACGAAAACUUCAACACAAAUCUCCCAGUCCUCGAGCUCCUCGUCGCAGACCUUCAAGGUCUCCGUAAGCCUUUUGGAUAGUGGAACAACCACAGACUGCACCAUCCCCAGCGUCCAGUGCUAUUCCAGUUGGGAGUCCCCCACCUACUGAUGUCCACUGGAAACCAGUGUGUUUGAAUUAGGGGGGAGAGUGAAGUGGAGGUCUCUUCAUUUGCCAUCACCUUUAUAUUCUCAUUAGUUUUUUCCUUUACUGUCCCUGUCUUUAUUGCCCGUCAUUUGUCGGCAGCUACCUUCCCCUUGUCCCUGGACAUUUCUGUACAACACCUGCCAGGAUCGAAAAACUUCUAUGCUCCUCUUCCAACAGUUGGUGAUGUUCAUUUGAUUUUUUCCCUCCUGUGAGCAUUUUUUCCCUGUGCAUUUUGCAGCUAAAAUCUAUACUUCUGCGUUUGAGAGAGUGUCUCCUUUUUGUUGAUUUAGACAUAAAAGUUUUUUUAAAAAAAACACAUAAAUGGGUGGGUGAGAAGUAGAGGGAUAUGUGAUCUAAUCUGUUUGAUUUAGUGUUUCUCAGCCCCCUCUGGAAAUGGUGGAGGGUUGUAAUAAAAAGUUGGAGUACAUGUUAACAACCCAGAAUUAGAUGGAAGGUAGUGCUGUCUAGUAGCUCCUUUCUCUGUUCCCCACUUUCUAUCAAGCUUUUCUGAAGAAAGGCAGGCAGCUUCUUUCAGUAGCCUGUAACAGUGGAGUUGAUCCUUGGCAGUGGCAACUAUUCCUGCUCCUCUACCCCCCAAGAACAAAAUGAAUUUAAUAUGCAGUGCUUUUUUUCCUUUUUCCUCCUCAAGGGAGACUCACUCAUAUUUAUUAGCUGAGCCAGGUCAUGAGGGGUUAAGUUUGGAACUGGAACAGGGGCUUUCAGGCAUUUUAGGGGGAAGGUGACAAAGUGUGCUGAGAAGAAGCUGAGAAACCCUAAAUCAGGGAGGGUGGGAACAGAAGUUUCUUCAUAUUUCUGAAAAGCAUUUAAUUUUUUUUAUAUGUACAGCAAGGAGAUUUUUUUUUCUGUCAAAUAAACUUAUGAAAUGCAAAA